CCUCCAACUUAGCUGCGCAACUGAGGGCGAUGAUGGCAGAAGGCAGCGGUUGCUGGGCCUCGUUCAGGAAACGAUGCUGCCACUGCUGCCGAGCGCACGGCGCUGCCGAAGUGAAUUUAGGGGACGUCCAAGAUGACAAACAGCAUACCCAGAUACAGCGGCUUCCGAGUGACGUCGGCGAGGUGGUUGAGGAGGUGGCGUUCGUUGCUCUGCACGACUACAAGGCGAGGGCCCAGGUGGACAUGAGCUUCAAGAAGGGCCAGAGAUUUCGCAUCAUCGCGAGGACAAACGCCGACUGGUGGCUGGCUCAGCCAGAGGAGGUGGACGAGGUGGACGAGGAGGUUACAAGAGGCUUCAUCCCGGCAAACUACAUCGCUCCCGCGCUCAGCCUGGAGGCAAUGCCGUGGUACUUUGGGCUGAUGCAGCGGCAGGAGUGCGAGAGGCUUCUGAAGAAGGAGCCCAGGCAAGAGGGAAGGUUCCUGGUGCGCGCCAGCCCCUCGCGCCCCGACUCCUACUCGCUCUCUGUGUAUGCGCAGAGCGAGGUGGUGCACUACCUCGUGACGAAGGGACCGGACAGGCACGUGAGCAUCCAGGAGGGCCUGGCCUUCGCCUCCGUGCUGCAGCUGGUGGAGCACUACCUGGAGACGCCCGAUGGCAUGAUCUGUCCCCUCGGCCCGCCCUGCGAGAAGGAGUACGUGCCAACCAUCAGCAGCCUGAGCCCGGACCUCUUCAACGAGUGGGAAGUGCCACGUGAGUCCAUCGACCUGGGCGAGAAGCUGGGAGCGGGCCGGUUCAGCACCGUUUUCGAAGGCCGGUGGAAUGGCCACAUCAGAGUGGCCGUCAAGAUCUUCAAUGUGGAUUUGGGGCAGAUGGAGGGAUCCUGCAGCGACGAAUUCAACGGCCUGCGCCCACCGUCGCAAUCCACGACCCCGAAGGAUUUCCUGAGCGAGGUGAGGAAGAUGACUCUUUUCAAGGACGAGAACGUCCUCAAGAUCUUCGCCAUCUGCCAGGACCGCUCCGCCUGCUGGAUCGUCACAGAGCUCAUUCCGAACGGCAGCCUCCAGCUUUACCUGGGCCGAUGCAGGCAGGAGCUGGGCCUGGCGGACAUGCUGUUCAUGGCGCACGGCGUCGCCUCGGGCAUGGAGUACCUGGAGAGCAACAACUACAUCCACUGCGACCUGGCGGCCCGGAACGUCCUCGUGGGGGACGCCGGCAUCUGCAAGGUGGCCGACUUCGGACUCGCCCACUUCCUGAAGGGUGACUACUACCAGAUAACGGACGGCAUGCACGUGCCCAUCCCAUGGACUGCCCCGGAAACCAUGGAGCACGGCGUGUACACGCGCGAGUGUGAUGUGUGGUCAUUCGGCGUGGUCCUCUACGAGAUAUUCACCUUCGGGGCGAUGCCAUACUCAGGGAUGACGAUGAAGAACAUCCAGUACUUUGUCUGUUCAGGGGGCCGGCUGGAGAAGCCGGAAGGCUGCCCAGACGCCGUGUACCGGAUCAUUCUCAAGUGCUGGCACGCAGAACACAGGAAGAGGCCGUCCUUUGCAGACCUCAAGCCAGAGCUGCACAGAGUCUCACUCGCUUACCAGCGUGAAAAGGGCGGCUUUUAAACGUCGCAGAAACUGGGGGACUUUAAGGAAAACCCUUCGAGUCCGACCACGAACUUGCACGUGGGAUAUGCACUAACGAGUGGCCAGGUGGAUCGUAAUGGCCGUGUUGGAGGCAUUGAGCUGAUGCUGCUGGGAAUCGGGUUUUGGGACCACGGUGUUUGUUUUCGGCCACCUGUGUGAUCGAAUCGGGUUUAGUCCACAUGUGGCUCGGAGGUCAGAGCGCUGAGCCGGCACGGCUGAGCUCCUGGGUUCUGAUCCUGGCAGCCAGUCACUUGCAUGAAGUUUAACUGGGUUCCCAAGUACAGUGAGUUGAUGGUCUCAGCUCUUUGACCAAUAACUUACAUAGAGACCCGUAGACUCACACAGAGACUGAGUUGCGAUUAAACUAGGUCCUCAAGUAUAGUGAGUUGGUCUCAGCUCCAUCACGAAUGAUUGCACAACACCAAAAACACCAUCAAACAUGAUUAAGUUUGGUUUUUCACUCACAUUUUGUCAAAAAUUUAGUUCUGAGAUUUAAAAACAUGAGUUCGGCUGUCGAGCAUUGCUCGCGUGUGGCAGGGAGGGUGGGAAAUAAUAUUUGUAGAAUUUAAAAACAAUAUAAUAACGUUGGUUUAUGUGCUAUGAAAAAGGGUAAUUUCCCGAAGGAUCAACGAUUAUACAUUUUUAUUCUUUGAAACAAGCUGUAAAAUGGGCUACAUCGGGAUGUUCAUGGCAAUAUCGGGGGGUUCUUCGUAAGGAAGUAGAUAAAGCAGCAGGCACAGCCACAACCCCGGCACUCACGGCGGCAUUUGGAGGACGCCACUGCCGCUCCCUGCACCACAUGGGACAUGUUCUUGUCGCGAGAGACUCUCUGGCUGUGGAGGCCGAUCGCGAUUCACGUGUGGGAUCUCGGGACAAUGAGGGGGACCGUGUGGGCGGUGCAGCGUCAUGAGCGGACAUCGUUCUUAUUCUUGUGAAAUAUCAGGGACCGCACGGAAUUACCCCUUUCAGCAAAUGCGCUCCCCUGCCCAUAGAGAGGCAUGGCCACCAACUGCUGUGGGCCUGGCUGUGUAUGCGAGUGACUAUUUCACCUGUGAGUGGCCAUGCAGGCUCUCAGCGAUUCCACAUGCUCCUGCCUCUCCCGCUACCACGAGCAGAGGUCCCACGGAUUGCUAACCAUUCGCAGAUGCGACUCUCGGUUUCUCUAUGGACUCGUUUGUAUUUUUCGAUUUAAAGCUUGUAAUACAUGUAUUGUUUCAUGUAUUACCAUUUCAUUAGUACUGUUUUGUUUGUACUGUUCCAUGUAUCUUCUUUGGUUCUACGUGAUGUUACCGAAAGAACCAAAGAAGAUGAAUCAUUGCAGUCACGAAAGCUUUAAAUCGAAAUGUUCCAUGUAUAUUUCUUCGAUUCGCUCCCAUGUGGUUGGUUGAACUAGCACAAAUGUGGGUCUGUAAAUGCGGUGAUUUUUUUCUAUAAUUGUUUACUCCCGUUUGUAUUAUUUCUCGAAUUGACUCAUUUGUAUAGUGAUGUUUACCCAAUAAGCCUACAUUUACAUUAAUUGUAAAUAGUGUAUUCUUCGAUUGUUUUACGUGUAUCAUGAGUCGGUGUCUUAUGACAUGUGUACUCAUGGCACGGUAGGAUAUUAAACAACCUGUGAACGGAGUGAAGGUCCAUGGCAGACUUCAAUUGGCAGACUGCAAACCACAGCCGUGAGGCCAUGGUGAUGGUGGCUACGCUGCUGCACGUGACAGCUGUGGCCCAGUGUUGUGGAGGAGGCAGCAGCAAGGGUUGGUGGAUCACCACACAGAUGCUGUGAAAGUCAUGUCCUGUAGGCGUCGAGGUGCCAUACCUCAGGCACAGCAAAAGUGUGGACUCCACCUGUUCCAUCUGUGUGGGAUGAAGCGUUUCCCCCUCAUGCGCUUGGUUUUCUGCCAUGGUUUGCACACUGGACGAUGCGGUUCAGGAUUUGUGGUCCAUGAGCUUAUCGGCAGGAGAUCGCAGCCAGGGUCUCCUCUCACGAGGUGUUCGUGACUUCUUGUGGAAGUCCAUUGCUGCUAUCCGACCACCAUCAGGGUUGAACUCACUUUGUCGAAGGUUGAGCGACCUCAAACGGUGGUGCGGAAGGUUCUUGAUGGCCUGGUGUAUGGGUAGACAGACGUGUUCCACCACAUCGCAGUUUAGGACCAAUGUGUAAUCACCACGGAAACACAACUUCCUGAUAUAUCUUGGUUAGUAUUACACCACUCGCAAAACAAUAAAACAACUGGCUAACUAUUUAAGUGAGAA